AUGCCUUUUGAGACCAUCACAGCAUCUGUGCCUACUACGUUGCUCAAUACAGCCCCUGAGAGUGCCAAAUCCUCCAUCAUAACACCUGUGCCCACCAUGGUCUUCUCUACAGCCUCUGAAACCACCACUGUUUCUGGGACCACUGCAGAGUCUAUAUCUAUAAUGGGCUUCACCACGGCCUCUGACGGCACCGUGAUCUCCACCACAGAAUCUGUGCCAACCACAGCCUCCACUACGGUCUCUGAGACCACUAUGCCCUCUACAACACCUAUAACAAAAACAACCUCCACUAUGGACUCUGAGUCCUCUACCACAGCAUCUCUGACCAUGACAGUUUCUACUCUGGUCUCUGAGUCCACCAUAGCUUCUGAUAUCACCACAUCCACCAUUAUAUUUGUGCCCAUUACAAAUUCUACCUUAGACACUAAGAACACUACAUUUUCUGAGACCACCAUAUCUUCUAUCCACAAGACUACUAGAGCCUCUGAAACUAUCAAACACUCUGAGAACACCCUGGCCUCUGACACAGUCUCUGAGACAAUGAUAGUUUCCAACAAAGCCGCUGGCACACAAGGACAGUCUGUGUCUUCCACAACUACUGCAAUGCCUCCUGAGACUACUGCAGUAUCUGUGACCACCACACCUACCACCAUAACAUCUUUGCCCAUCACAGCCCACACCAUGGGCUCUGAAUCCACCACAGUGUCUUCAUCUGAGAUCAUCUUUCUCCCUACCACAAUUUCUGUACCCAACAUUUCCUCCAUGAUAACAUCUCUGCCCCCUACCGGCCCCACCACAGACUCUAAGGCUUCCACAGGCUCUGAAAUGAUCACAACCAUCAUCACAACCUCUGAGGUUCCCAUUUCCUACACCAUAGCCUCUGUGCCCACCAGUACCUCUACCAUAACCUCUGAAACCACCAGGACCUCCACGGCAAUGUCUGUGCCUACCACAGUCUUCACCACAGCCUCUGAAAGCACCACAGGCUCUAAGGCCACCAUAGUUUCCACCACAACCUCUGGACCCACCAUGGCCUCCUCUUCAGCCUCUUCAGCUACCAUGAUCUUUACCACAUCACCUGAGACUAUGACGUCCACUGCCAAAACGUCUGUAUCCACCACAGCCACCACCACAGGCUCUGACACAGCUGUAGUUUCUACCAAAGCUUCUGUGACAACUGCCAUCUCUGAAAACCCUACAAUCUCCCCAAUGCCCUCUGAGACCUUUACAUCCUCCACCACAGCAUCUCUGCCCAUGAUAGUCUCUACUCCAACCUCUAAGUUCACUGUGGCUCCCACCCUGUUCUCUGAGACCCCCACAGCUACCACAAUGCCUAUGGAGACUACCACAACAUCUGCACCCACAAAUGCCUCCAACUCAGUGUUUGAGACUGCUGGGGGCUCCCAGACAAUGUCAGUUCCCAUCCUGGCCUCAACCACAGUCUCUGAGAGCAUCAUAACCUCCACAGUAGCAUCUGUGCCCACAACAGUGUCAACUUUGACCUCUGAGUCCACUGUGGGAUCCACCACAGUCCCUGACACCACCGCAUCUUCUGCAAUAACAUCUAUGUCCACCUCAGCCUCAAGCUCUGGCUCUAAGAACACAUCAUCUGAGACCACCAAGGCCUACACCACCAAAGCUGAGACCACAACUGCUACCAAUGCCACUAUAGUCUCCAGUAAAAGCUCUGUGACAACUGAAAAUUCUGUGCCAUUCACAGCCACCACAGUGCCCACUGAGCUGAACACAGCAUCCACAUCCAACAAAACCUUCACGAUAGCCACUGAUAGCACCUCAUCCUCCAUGAUAACAGCUUUGCCCCCCACAGUUUUUAAAACCACCACAGGCUCUGAGACAGCCAUAGCUUCCACCACAGCCUCUGAGACCACUGUGGCCUUCUCCACUGCCUCUAAGAGCACUACCUCCUCUAUCAAAAUGUCUUUGUCCACCACACACUCUGACAACACCACAGCCUCCACUCCAAGACCUGAGAGCAGCAUGGCCUAUAGUCCACCUUCAGAGAUCACUUCAGAGUCUGUUGGCAGCAUGGUCUCCACCAGAGCCUCUAAGUCUACCAUGCCAUCCUCAACUCCAUCUGUGAGCACCACAUCUUCCAGCAUGGGCUUGAAUACCAUCACGUCCAUUGCAGCCUCUUCACCAGCCUCUCAGGUCACAACAGAUUUUUCCACUUUUUCUGUGCCUACUGCAAAUAGCACCAUAGGUUCUAAGACCCUGACUGUCUUAACCACAGCCUCUAAGAGCACCACAGACUCUGUCUCAGAAUCUGUGCCAGCCAUAUUCUCGUCCACAGUGUUUGGGGACACCAAAGCUUCCACUUCACCUUCUGGGUCCUCCACAGCCUUCACUUUGGCCUCAUCGCACUCAUUGGCUUCUACCUCUGCUUCUGGGGAAACAACAGUCUCCAGUGUCUCCAGAUUUUUCAGAGACUCUUCCACCACCAUGGUGUCCACCAAGGUCACUGAAUUUUCCACUCAGUUCAUGACCAACACAGUUGUACCAGGACCCUCCUUACACCCAGUGACUACAUCACACAAGUGUGCCAGAUUCAACUCCUCUGUUCUAAGUAUACCUCCCUCCCCUUUAAUUGUCUCCACUACAAAUGCAGCACAUUGUGUGACCCAUUUCCUAGGCACCAGCACCACUGGAACAAGACCUGCUAGACCCAUCUCUGCCACCACUGGCAUGGAGACCAUGCCCUCUGCUGCCAGCAGUGCCGACCCUGGGAUUGCUCUGAAGACCUCUGGCCUGGGCUUGUCCACUAUUGGAGCAUCAUCUACCACCUCUGUCCCUGGGACCAGGGCCACCAGUACAGGGUCUACCUCUGAGCUGACCAGCACUCCUGGAACCAGCACCAGCUCCCAUAAACCUGGCUCAGUCACCAUGGGCACAAAUACAGUCCAUGAGAGCCACGCAUCAACAAACGUCACUAAACCAAGUGGGCGUUUGCAGCCUUGGGCCAUCAUCCUCAUCUCUCUGGCUGCCACCAUGGUCAGUGUUGGAUUGUUAGUGGGACUGAGUUUUUGCCUGGUAGGUAUCAAGGAUGAGUUAAUAAGGGAGACUUCCAAAAAGGUAGAAGAUGAAUGCAAGUAGACCUCAAAUAAGUAGUGCA